UACAAAAAUGUUUUCUCUCUCAGAUUUUUCCUUGUCGUCGUCUUGUUAUGUCGUUUAAUUCUGUGUGUGAUCCUCCUCGGUGAAAUUUUAUCAGAAAAAAAGUAAAAAUAAAAUAAAACAUAAAUAAAAUCGAAAAAAUAAGAAAAGAAAACUAUAAACCAACAAAGAAAAGAUGAAAUAAUUAAACAAAAAUCCCAAAUUCAUUGUUUUCAUAACAUUGAACAACUAACUCAUCCGGAAACCAUCUUCUCUUCUCAUCUUUGGGAUUAUCCGAGUUCACAAAGAUGGUCCAUUUUGAGUGCUAGAGAAAGAAUACAAAAACAAAGCAAUAAAGAUACACCAUGUCAUCUUUACAAAAAGAUCUCACGCGCUCGCAUUCAUCGGCGUCGUCGAAUCAAGAUCUAGAUGAUAUAUUCAUCGAUCAUACGGAUUUAGAGGCUCUAGACGAUGUUACACCGCAAAAACGCCACUUUCUAGACUACGAUGCUGUAGCUCCACCGGGAUUUGAGGAAGAUUUCAGUGCAAUUCUUACGAUUGGUGGCGGAGGGCCCCAAGGAAGCUCACAGCAGAAAGUAUCGUCGUCUGUGAGCUCAGGCCUGGGCGAGAAUCUAAAAAUUGACAAAAAGUACGAACGCGAUGGGGAAAUUAGCGACUAUGAGUUGGCUGCAAGUGGUUAUACGAAAAAAGAAUUCACUCAAGACGACAACACUCUUGUGGUGGUGAGGAAUUCGUGUGGCGGCAGUUCUAGUGGAGCGUUUGGCAAGAAGAAACAUUUUCUGGACGAGAAUCCGAUUCCGCCUGACUACAUGCUCGACAAGGAAAUGCGUGAACACAGGAGCUUAGACAGGAAUUUUGAGAGACAACACGACUUUCAGAGGUCUACAUCUGGGUCAAGUGGUCGCAAGCACUCGUUGGACAGGGACCGAGACUCACGCGGCUCGACUCGUAAAUAUAAGGAGCCCAGCUACACGCUAUCACGGUUCAUAGAGAGUGAUCUUGUUGUGCCACCGAUGGAGAGCAGUUUAACUUGGGCAGCAGAAGAACGCACAGAUGGAAGUCAAUACUCGGGGUUGCCGAAGGCUGAAUGUGUUUAUUCGUUGGCCUCAAUGCUUGGAUCUCACGACUCAGUUGAUGUCUCGAAGAAGUUUCUCGAAUUGUCUCGAACUAGUGAAGCCUGUGUUGCUUUGCGAAAGUCUGGAUGCAUCCCAUUGUUGGUGCAAAUGAUGCACUCGGAUGCGAAUGAUGGGGUUCGUAAGUAUGCCGGAAUGGCACUGCAUAAUGUUGUGCAUAGCCAUCCCGAUGACAAGGUGGGUCGCCGGGAAGCGAAAGUCUUAAGACUCAUCGAACAAAUACUGGACUAUUGCAACUUCUUGAAGACAUUGCUCCAGAGUGGAGGAGAAGCAAUUGCUGACGAUUCUGACCGUCAUCCGCUGGCAGCAAUUUCGAGUCUUAUGAAAGUCAGUUUUGACGAGGAGCACCGACACGCCAUGUGUCAACUGGGCGCGUUGCAAGCUAUUGCCAGUCUAGUGCACUUGGAUCAUGCGGUUCAUGGACCGAAAUCAGAGGACGAAUGUUGCAAUUCACUGAGACGAUACGCUCUUAUGGCAUUGACAAACCUAACUUUUGGCGAUGAAAACAACAAGACUCUCCUCUGUGGAAACAAAGAGUUCAUGGAAGCCCUAGUCGCACAAUUGGACUCUGCUCCAGAUGAUCUUCUGCAGGUGACGGCAAGUGUGCUUAGAAACCUGUCAUGGCGUGUGGAUAGCAAUAUGAAAGCGGUAUUGAAUGAAAUUGGUACAGUGACAGCUUUGGCCAAGGCUGCCAUGAUCAAUAAGAAUGAGAACACCUUGAAGGCGAUUCUGUCUGCAUUGUGGAAUUUGUCGGCGCAUUGCAGCACUAACAAGGCCGAAUUCUGUGCCGUUGUAGGCGCACUGGCAUUUCUAGUCGAUAUGCUGACCUACGAGGGUCCAAGUAAGACACUUAAAAUAAUCGAGAACGCCGGAGGAAUUUUGAGAAACGUCUCUAGUCAUAUAGCAGUCCGUGAGGACUACAGGAAAAUUUUACGUGAACGGAAUUGUUUAGCAAUCCUCUUGCAACAAUUGAAGUCAGAGAGUCUAACAGUUGUUAGCAAUGCUUGUGGAACGUUGUGGAAUCUAUCUGCUCGUUCAGCUGAAGAUCAGAAAUUCCUCUGGGAUAAUGGAGCAGUACCAAUGCUGCGAUCGCUUAUACACUCAAAACAUAAACUGAUAUCGGAAGGCAGUUCGGCUGCUUUGAAGAAUCUGCAAAAUUUUCGCCCAAGCAUACUUAAUCAGAACAAUAUGGAUCCGAUUGCUCGAUCUAUGGGUCUGAAGGAAUUGCCAACGUUGAAUGCUCGAAAACAGAAAGCUCUCGAACAGGAAUUGGUCAAUCAGAAUCUUUCGGAAACAUGUGAAAAUAUUGACGUGGUAACGCCACCGAAAGAACGGAAUGAUUUUACACCACUCACAGAUCCCCGUAAGUUUCCGCCACCCCCGGUGCGUCUUACAAGAUCCGCCGUAGUCUCGAAGAGUGAAAGCAGAGAUUCAAUUUUUUCAGCUAAGUCAGAUUCGGCAUACGAAAUGAUGCGAGGCAAUUCAUCUUUGGUUCGUGGGAAAAUUCCCCCCGAUAGAAAUAUCGAGUUCGCGGUUAAGACAGCAGCGUUCGAUGUUGAAAAUGAAACAGAACAACCAAUAGAUUACUCCGCCAAGUACUCAGAGAGUACUAAGUCAAAUAAGUCCCUUGCAGACUCUGCAACAAAACCAAAUCAAAAGGGUCUAAAGACUGCUCGCAACUAUUCCAGUUACCAGGAGACCGAUUUGGACCAGCCUACGGAUUUUAGCUUAAGGUACGCCGAGAAUCAAGUUGAAUCAGAUAUCGAAGAGAAAACGCGAAUGAACAAUGGAAGUGAAAUAAUUUUAAUACUCGAAGACAGCGUGAAGUGUUACCAAACCGAGGACACUCCCUACGUCAUUUCAAAUGCGGCCUCGGUGAGUGACUUGCAGAAUCCGAAAUUGGAAGAAAACAUUGUUCGCACUAAGCCGCAGACAUCCGUGCUUCCUUCAAGUAACGUGAUCUAUGGAUCGGGUUCGUAUACUCCAGAGAAACCAAUAAACUACUGCGAAGAAGGGACACCUGGUUACUUUAGUCGCUACGAGUCGUUGAGUAGCCUCGAAGAAUCCCCACAAAAUGCACAAACAGUAAAUGGAAACACAUCGGUGAAAUCAAAGACAGACAAAGCUAGCAGCAAUGCAAAGCAGGAGACGGAGAAAUCACCAGAACCAGCUCCAACGGCAGUAGUUGUUGAUGUCGAUGUAGAUGCGGAUGUAAAGGACGACAAGACGGCGGCUUUACCGCCAAAUAAUGCUCCAGAACCAGGGCCAUGUGCUAUAUUAUCGAAAAACAACUACAACUCGGCCCAAGAGACGCCGUUGAUGUUUUCCAGGCACAGCUCGAUGGACUCACUUGCAGAAGAGGAAGAAGUCGGAGCCAUUGUUGCCGACGACAAAAGUUCUGUGGUUAGUGAUUUUAGUCGUCUGGCGAGCGGUGUUAUUUCGCCUUCCGAUAUUCCCGACUCCCCAACUCAGAGUAUGCCACAAUCUCCGCGCAGAAACAGUAACUCUCAGUUGCCUUUCCCGCCAAUGGUGGCGGUUGUAGCGAGUGGCAGUUCAAAAAAUCAGAACCCAGCACCUCCUCGCCUGCGCAGCGUCUUCGAAGAUGAUCUCAAUACAUUCCAAGUGGAGAAUACCCCCGCUCAAUUCUCAUGUGCCACUAGUCUAAGUAAUUUAAGUUUGGACGACGAACAGCCUACAGAUAAGGUAGAUAUGGAUCUGAUAAAGGACGAAGACCCUCUUCUGCCCUCGACCUGCGCUGAUCAGAAAGCAAUUGAGUCUGCAAAGACAGUUGAUAUCGCGUUUUCUGAGGGCGAAGAAGAGACAAACGACGACUACCUCCUGGCAACAUGCAUUAACAUUGGAAUGAAUCGCGAUCGAAAAGAGACUGAAGGGCACAAAGAUACAAACAUUAUUUCAUCAACUCCAGCUGGAGACUCGACAAAGCAAUAUUUUACCGAGGACACCCCAGCUCUCCUUUCGAAAGUUGGCAGCAAUACAAAUUUAUCAACCAUUUCGCUACUCACCAAUCCGAUGGGAAACAAAAUCGAAGGUGAGAUGGUGGCGAAUCUUUCGGACGAUGUCAGUUCGAAUGCUUCAGAAGCCGGCGGACUCGAUUUGCUGGAACAAUGUAUUCGAGACGGAAUGAAAAAACCGGUUAAUAUACCGAAGGAUAAUGUGACGAGCACUGAGGCGAAUGCAAAAAGAAACACUGGUCCUCAAGGUAGCAGAAAAAGCUCCGCCCCCCAACCGCGAAGGAGACCUGAAAUUGCUGCUGCAAACGAUCCUAUAGCAAUGUUGCGGAGGGGCGGGCUUUCCAUGCACAAUUUUGCACCACCAGUCAAUGAUGAAAUGAACAAAUACCUGGUGGAGGACAGUCCUUGUAAUUUCUCAAUGAUGUCGGACCUAUCGAAUCUGACCGUUGGUUCUAGUAUUGUUGGUCCCGCUUUGAUGAAGAAAUUGCCAUCAGGUGGUAGUGAUUACAGAUCGGCCGACAUCAACGAGUCUAAGAAAAUGCAUCAGCCUCAGAUGCAACAUCCGCAAGCAUCAAACAUCGCAGACGAUUCAUUAAGCUCGCUUUCCAUUGAAUCAGAAGAGGAUACGAAUUUACUUAGUCAGGCUAUUGCCGCUGGUUGCAAUAGACCCAAGUCCAAUCUUGGUUUCAAUUCGUCAAACAAACGUCCCUUAUCCUCAUCACAACCGAUUCCCACAUCAUCGAGAUCGGCAACUAAUCAACACCUUUCAUCAAAUCAUCAUCAAAAAACAUUCGAUGGCAAUGAGUCUAUCAGUUCCGUUGACUCGAGCGACUCGAACGACAACCAGUCCAAGUCACUAUUUGAGCAAUGCAUCCGAACUGGUAUGAAUAAAAAGACGCGACAUCAAUCAGAUAAGUUACAGCAACAAGGCCGCUCUUCAACAUCGAAUCCAAAUUUGAACGUUACUCCCAAGUUAGCACAACACUCGAGCAUACCGCGUGUGCCGAAUCCAAAGACACCAUUGCGUUUGGAUCGGGAACGCCAGAGAGAUCGUGAACGUAAGGAUGAGCAGCUUUUGCAAGAAUGCAUAAGCACCGGCAUGGCAAAGAGUGCCGGAACUAAUCAAAUCAGACCUCCAGCAAGACACACUAGGCACAUGCUGUCUUCAGUCGACACUAUGUUUAACCAAAGACGCACCAACGAUCCGCAUCAUAUUCCACAUGUUGCAAAUUUCGCAACAGCCAACAUGCAGGCGCAAUCGCCGGCAGUCAUCCCUACAAUGGUCCCGACGAUGACGCAGAAGUUGUCAAAAAACGGGGAAACUACGUCUGCAGCUGUGUUGGAACAGUAUCAACAUCGGGAAAUUACUACAUCUCCAAGUGCCCCCAACACAGCUCCAGGCGUAGGGAUGAAAGAGUAUCCAGACGGCACAAAAGACCCAAAAAGUCUUCAACAUCUGCAAUUGACGGCGGCGGCGUCGGGCAAGGCGGAGGAGGUUGUAUUAACCCACGACAGCAACCGCCCAACGACAAUUGGGUCUAGCACAAGCAGUGCAGAGGGCGGUGGAGCAGAAUCUUUACUGCUGGCUAGUAUGAAUACCACAUGGACGGACGAGUAUCCGGGACAGGGAAUGAUCAGCAGUCAGGACUCCUUCCAAGAAUCGCAGUCCGUUUCGUUUGAUAUGGAUAAUUCAAGCCACCAGCAAGUUACUCCCAUUGUACCCAACAAACACAAGGAUCCAGACCUCAUGUUAAAAUCCGUUGAACGACUGACCCACGAUUAUGUGUCCACAGCCGAGUACUUGAGGGCUGCCGACAAUAGUGACUUGACAGACGAAGCAGUAUGCAACAAUAAAUACAACAGCAACACCACAACCACAACAUCCAACAACACCUGGAGUGAGGACACAUGCCCCAACGAUGUUUCAUUCCCCAGCGUGAGCAUAUCUGCUCCGAUGAUUGCCUCUCUGCAGGAUGACGACGAUGACGAUCAGACUUCCAUGCUAAUUGAUCACUCAUCGUUCCGAUUCAAAGGUGAUAUGCACGACUUUGCUGAGAUAACUCCAACCAAUGAGGCCCAGCCAUUUGAAUCUUUGUCAAUGCAAACCAUGAAUACAGUCGAGGAAGUUGGCACCUCCCAGCCCAAUUCCUUGGAAACAGAAACCGACACUUUAGUAAACGAUGAGAUAGCUGCAGUCGUUUCGGAAAAUGAACACCUGACUGAGCUAUCAAGCGAAGGGAUCAGAUUCCACGUAGGCGGAGAAGUGAAACAGGUUCCGUUGCCAGUUGCCUCGACAAACAACUACUUGACCCCAGGAUUUGGAGUGCCAUCUGUUAUGACGAACUCUACGAUUAUCGCUCUGGAAGCUAACAGAUUGGCUGAUAAUUUACUGAACGAUAUGACUCAAAGCACCAACAGUCUUGAUCUGGACAAUAUUCGUCCGCCGUCUUGCAUGGAAUCACUGAGUAUGUCUGGUUGCUAUGAAGUUCCGCAAAGUCCGCAACUGUCUAGAUUAAGGAAGAAAUCGUUGCCUGCCGGUAUUGUGGCAAGACGUGCUCUAGGCCAUCUACCGGCAGCACUAAACGGUAGCCUGGAGAGUGUCAAUUCAAGUUGCAACCUAGAAAACAUAAAACCCCCAUCACUUAUGGAUGAACUCCUGGACUCAAUGAUAAGUGUAUCAAGCAUUCAAUCGGAAAUUGUCGACCAGAGCCUGAACAACACAACAGUGAGUAACUACGAGACGGCCUAUGACUUCGAUGAUAACACCAUCACUUUGCAAAGCUGCUCCGAGAUACUGCCUCGAGAUGGUUACGAUUCAAAUGAAACGCCACUGCAAUCAGAUUUCAGCUCUGCCGAAUCGACACCAAGAAAAUAUCGCAAUGUCAACGGAGUGAAGAGAACUUUAACGCCCAAGCAGAAAAGGAAGCUUGUCAAGGACCGCUUUAAAACAUACACAAUUGCAGCAGAUUUUGCUCUCAACGAAAACUACAAUGGUGAACUGGAAGAAUUAGACUUUGACGGGGACGAAGAUGAAGUCCUGCAAAUAGAAAUUGAAGAAGUUGAAGACGUUGCCGAAAACGCCGGUCCACAUGCACUAAAGAAGAGUCCGUCGGCGAUUCAAAGAAGAACUGCAAAUCCCGAACGCUAUCGCACUCGGACCAUCAGCUAUACGUGUGACCAGGAAUCGAAUAAUUUUGAUAUUCAAUCAAUUGGUGCGAGUAACGAUCAAGAAAGUCUAACUUCAACUGACGAUUGCUCCGAAGAGAUGUCCUCCAUCAAGGCGAUGACAAAGCAGUUUAAAUUUAUUGCUUCUCCCGAUCUGAUCGCUGACCACACUCCGAUUGACAUGGAAGAAGGAAGUUCGAUGCAGACGGUGGUGAUUGCUCCUUCCACAGCGACCACAGCUGAAAGUGACUACAAUAGCAUGGAAUGUGAUCAAACUUCUGAGACCGAGUCGUGCUAUCAGAACGAGGAGGAAGCUCCUACGAAGCGUUUGGUCAGACCACGAAUUGUUAAGCUAGGUGACAAGGAUUCCGGAACGGAAGUGAAUUUCAGCGAAGACGGUCUGACACCACCUGAAUCGGUUGUAAAAGCAGUACGUGGACGGAAGAAACCCCAAUACAUAUCACCUUACCGCAAAACAGCAACAACCCGUCUUUCGUUUCCCAGCAAGGCUCAAAUAAAUAACAUAACAAACAUUGCUGUCAACAAGACGUCACAACUCAAGAAAUUGCCCGUGACAAGUCUCAAACAAAAGAACUCCAAACCGUUAGUAGCUGUUGGUGGUGUGGCUGCUUUCAAGAAAUCUGAUGUGCCAUCCAAGUUGGGUCCAAAUGUGGUCCCAAGUGUGUCUCCUAACAAAAAGCCAAAAAAUGAUACGACUACGUUAGUUGUACCGGCAGCCGCUCCUCCGCCAGCACUUGAACGGCAAGGAACUUUUGUUCAGGAUGAACCAACAAUCACUGAUGUUCCAGUACCUGUUGUGGUUUCGCCGACUCGUGCUUCGAAGCUGCCUUUGAAGAAAUCGAUUGCCACUAAGCUGAAGCCGCCCUCCUCGAAAGUAGCUCCAACUGUUGUUGGAAAGCUUCCGAGACAAGUAACCAUGCCCGCCCGACCCUAUACGGCAGCUCCAAGCAUCGAUUCAAAACGCAAAGGUCUUAUCGGAGUGCGCAAGUCGCCCAGCGUGCCAACCGUACCCCAGCGAUCGAACAGCAAUGCCUCAAUCCGGGUUACACCCUCGGUGCAAUCGCUGCGAUCCAAUCUUCCGUCAACCAAUCCUCCAUCACGCAGCAAUUCUAACUUGACGACGGCAACGAAGAUAAACCAAAUCAGUAGUCGCAUCGCAGGCAUAUGGAAGAAGGUAGACGAAGCUAAGCGAUCCGCAUCCAAAACAACUCCUAUGGCACCAACAAGGCAGGCGACGACGGUAGCGCCCACAAAACCCUCUCAACUCCGGACAGUAGGCAAACUUAACCGAAGCUCAACUUUCGACAACAGUCCGGCAGAGGCACCCAAAAAGCAGCCGCUCUCCACAGUUGCCGCGGGCUCGAAAGGUGCCAAUCAGGUUCACAUUUCGCCGACGAAGAGAAUUCCCGUCACCGUUUCGCCCAGAAAGCGUUUCGAAUAGGAAACCUAACCUCCAUAUUCUUUGUUUUUUUCAUACAAGAAAGCUUAGCCAAAUGUUAAUGUUAAGAUCUUUUGAUAUUGAUCACAGCAAUGGAUUUGUAUUUUCUGAAACCAAAACUUGUAAGACUUGAGAAGCAUAUUACUUGUAGUUUUAUCUUUAAAAUUAAAUUCAAUUUUCGUGUUUAAUUAUCAUAUUUUUUAAAUAAAAUUUGCAUUAAUUAGUUUGUAGCUUAGUUAGUAAACAUUAGAAAAACAUUCUCAAUUCUGCAGCACAGUGUCUUAGGUCUAUUCAGCGAUGAUGUACCCAAGAUCGUGGUUUUAGACAUGAGCUUGUGCUCCAGAAUUGACAGUGCUUGAAAAGAUAUUGAAUUAUUCUCUCAUUUGUAUAGUAUCAGUAGUUUUUAACUUCAACUUGGGUAACAAUGUCUAAUUUAAUUAAAUAUAUAUUAAAAUAUACAAAUAGGCAGCUUCAAGGAUGGGAUGAUAUGAAAAAUCAUUUAAUUUUAGUUUUAUUGGAUAAACAUUACAUUAUUUCUUUGAUCUUUCUCUUUCUUCCUCUUUUUUCUUAAAAGUUACAAAAUUUAAAAACAAGUUAUUUAAUAAAUUAUAAGUUCUUAGACCUUAAGACCAUGUGUAGCUUAUGUAAGUUAUUUAUUUAUAUAUUUUUCGAAAACCAAUCAACUAACAGGAACAAUACACAAAAACAAGAAGUAGUAAUAAUAAUAACUGAGGUAUAUGAUAUUGAUAACGAUAAUGAUAAAUAAUAGUAGAGAGAUGUUUUUUUGUAAGAAGAUUGCUUUGAAUCAAAAUAAACAUUAUUAGCAAUAUUGUGUAGACAUUUUGUUUUUGAAUAUAAGUUAUAACCCACAGUACUGUAUAAUCCCUUUAUGCAUAUUUAAAAAGAAAAUUAUUGUUAAAAACUACAUUUAAAAAUAUUAAAACAAAACAAAACCAACAACAACAAAAAUAUUGUCUGUUCCUCUGAAAUAUAAUCAAAUAAAUAAAUAAUUGUAAUGGUA